AGCCCUCGCGGCCGUUUCAAAAUCCCACUCACGACUCACCCCUCAAACCCUCACUCCCCUUCUCUGAUACAAAACUCCAUGGCCGACGGGAGAACAAACCAAUCGAUCAUGGAGCCAAAGCCCUCACACCCACUUCACCAAAUCGCUCAGUCGCCGAGCCACAAGCUUCUCCUGAAGCAAUGGCUGAAAGAAGAAGAGCUAAAUCUCAACAGGGUCUCUCUCAAAGAAUCCCAAAUCGACUCGGUUCGAAAGGAAAUCACGAUUCUUUUCAUUAUCUUCUUCCUCUUCCACUCCACGGCCCUCACCCUUCUUUUCAGUUCCUCAUCGUGGGACCCGCGCGGGUUCGCAUGCCGCCGGUCCUGGAUCCCUUCGCUCUGCUCGCUCUGCUUCUCACUGGGGAUCAUUUGGGCGAUUAGGUAUAAAACCGACACGGAGGGGCACCUGGAGAAGUUGUUGGAGAGAGAGAAAGAGGAUAAGAAUCUUCUGGGAAAGUGCAUCGAGGAGCUGAAGAAGAAAGGGUUGGAGUUCGAUUUGUUAAAGGAGGUGGACGCGCUGAGGAGGGCCAAGAGCUUGAGAGUCGAAGCGAAGGCAGUAAGGAAGUGGAAUGCGAGGGAUUUUGUGACACUGUUUUUCUUCACUGUGUCUUGCUUUGUGAUCAUUGUCACAAGGGUUAUUUUGUGUAACUAGGAGGGUCGAAAUCGGGUUGGAUUUCGGGGAUUAGAUUGGUAAAUUCUUGGGUUUUGGAUAAGUGGGGGGGUUGCAGAAUGUUUUGUUCUGCGAUUUGUAAUAUGGGGAAUUUACAUUGGCAUAAUUAUGAAACAAAUCUGGAUGACUGCGUAUGUUAGCCUUAAUAUGUUCUUUGUAAUUUGAGUCCUUAAAAUCCCAAAUAAAAGUAUAAUUUUGGUGUGAAGGAAAGGCAUCCUCUGCAGUUUUCCAUUU